CGGCCAGGCCCUUGAACGGAUUCUCCCUCUGCCUGUCUGUCUUCUCACACCCUACCAACACGCACUGCAAGUCCAGGACGUCACAAAGCGACGGGACAAACAGGCUGUCUAACCAUGGCGAGGGUGGUUCUUUUGCUGAUUUGUACCCUACUAACCAUGGAGCUAACAAUGGCAAGCUACAGUAACAACCUUAUCAACCUGAUCAUACGCCCAGCAGGUCGGAGUCGUUCUUUCAAAUGGUUAGGUCCAGGGAAUAUUAAAAAUAUUCCAAAUGUUCCUCGGCCUAUCUUCAUACCCCGUUGGAUACCAAGGGAACGUCCAGAAUAUGUAGCAAAGUGGGUACCAACUACUCCUGGGCCACAGACUAAUAACAUUCAUUCUUCCCAACAGUCAGGUUUUGGACCACCUAAAACCAACACAGUGGUUCAGGGACAAAAUGCACCACUAUCUUAUGAUGUACCUCCUAUUAAAAAACCCUCUGCAUCUCCGAUUCAAGUUCCUGCCCAACCUCUUACCCUAUUGCAUGCCACUGCUCCUCCUAUCACGCCUGCACAAGUAUCUUCUUCUGUAUUUCCAAAAGAACCUCCUAAAACUACUGGUUAUGCCCAACCUCAUGCAGAUGAUAUAAUUCAAUUAGAUAAUGCUCUCCCUGCCUCAGUACCUGCUAAUUCCAUUCUGUCAACUUCAUACGUACCAGACCAACCACCAACCCAACAAAAUAUAAUUCCAGGAACGGCUAUUAGAAAUUCCAUACCUGAAACAUUAGCAGAACCUAACUUUAGUUCCCUAGUUCAAGAUCAAUUAGCAGUUGAGAUAAAUGAAUUCCAACCAGUAGAUCCUAAUAGUGUGAUAAUUAUUGAUGAAGGAAUUACAAACAACAAAGAUACAGUGAAUAUUGUUUCUGAUAUCAUUCUAACAGACGAUCCUGCAGGUAAUCUGAAUUCUGCCGAGCCAAUCACCUUCCAAAAUCUAUCUGAUCAAAAUGUCCCUCUUUUGAAUCAAGUCAGCGACCAAAUUCAGAAUGUCCAUCAAGGUGAUCAGAACAUUAACAUAAAUGAAGAUGAACUCCUUUUUGUAGUAGAUUCUGGUCCAGACCUUACAGCAUCUACUCUCCUCGAUGUUCCAAAUGGAAAUCUGCAGUCUUCUCAAGGUGAUGCUGGUAAAUCUUUUGAUGCACCAGUACUCACUCAAAUCAUAGAACCCAUCCAAUCACACAUACUUCCCUCACAGGAUCUUGAUGCACCAAUUAUUUCCCAACACAAUCCUGACCCCUUUUCAUUUGAAGAUGCAACAUUUACUUCCCAGCCCAAUUUAAUUACUAAACUUAAUUCAGAUGUUGUAUCUAACGAUAUUCUUAAAAUUGCCAAUAAUAACCAACUGAAUGAACCUCAACCUAGUUCACAUCCCCAUACACAACAGAAUGAUAAUUCACACAACAGCCACCAAGUAACUGAACAACUGUUAGUUAAUGAUGAAUUUCAGAUAACUAAUGUUCCUCAAUUUAUACCUGAAUUAGAGCUUAACAAAAGCACAGAUACUACUGAUCUUAUAUUUGUUUCUCAGCAAGGACCAGAAUUCCAACAAAAUUUCAUACCAUCUAACAAAGACACUGAUACUACUAAUCUUAUACCUAUUUCCCAGCAAGGACCAGAAUUCCAACAAAAUUUCAUACCAAGUAAUAUCAAUGAUGUCUUCCUUAUUGGUACUGAAAUCAUUCAAACUGGUGAGAAUUUCCCAAAUGAUCAACAAGCACAAUUCAGCAGUUUUCAAGUAGGCCAAAAGAUCAACUUUGGUCCUUUACCCAUUCAAGAUCACGACACCAGUAACAAACCCACGGGACCCUCACUUUUCAAUCCAGCACUGCUGGCACCACCGGCUUCCCCUGUCAUUGCAUCAGAGCGAUCCUUUUCAAAGGAUCAUUCAGAUAAUGAAAAACCUCUAAUUCCAUCAGGUCGUUCAAUCUCAACAGAUCCUGUCAUUCCGCAACCUGUACCUAUACCAAUGGGUCCUUUAGCAUCCCUAACCCUAGAUUUCCCUGUUGAAGGUCCAGGAGUAAGACAGGCUCGAGUGGGUGGUGGUUUGCUUCCAUUUGGUACACGUCUUCAUUCAAGACCCUCCAGACAAUUCAGGUCAUAUCCUUUCUUAUUUGGGAAAUAGGUCACCACUUCAAGUCUAAGCCUUAAAUAUUCUCAGGAUGUUACUAGUUUCAACAUAAGUAGUUUGUAACUUAAAAAUACAUCUCAUGCUUGUAUAAAUCACAUACAUCAUUUCCCUUUCUUUAAACAUAAAUACAAGUAGUAACUACAGAUAAUAACCAGGUUUAUUAGGAGUUAAAGCUCUCUCCUGUUUAUGCAUUUUUGCUUUUCUGCAGCUUGCUUUAAUUACUAUUAUUCUCUUGUAUAGCCUAAUUUCCUUAAAGCCACUUUUCUUGAUAACCCUGUACAUUCUUCAUUUAAUCUGAUUAGGCAUUAUGUAUAAGUGAUGAGAAGUAAAUCUUCAUUUAACUGCAAGAUCCUUGAGCUACUAGAAAAGAGCUCCAGAAUUCUUUUAACACAAAUAAAAUAUUAUUUGAAAUUCAGUGAGCUAUAAUGCAUAUGUUACGUUGAAACGUAAUUAUCAGUCUAGUCAAGAGUACUAGAAUAUAAAUUACAGAAUACAGCAGAUGACAAGAAUUCUGGAGCAAGUACAGUACCUAGAUCUGCUCAAGUGUUGUGGAAUUCCUUUGACAUACAAUGUUUUGAGUCAAACAAAAAUUAUCCUUCGCCCAGCUGCUAGUUUUAAAUUAAUUCUUAGCAUUGUUUAGUUCAUAUAUAUAUAUAUAUAUAUAUAUAUAUAUAUAUAUGUAUGUAUGUAUAGUAAAUAAUGCUUUAUACUUUGAUGUGAAUGAUGCAGUGCUCUGUGAGUCGUGCUCCAUCAACUGUGAUGAAUUCAAACAAUUUUUUUGGAAAUAAUGUUUUUCAAGAGGCUGGAAAUGGAAUUUACUUUUAAUGUUCAGCAUUGUGUAUUUCACAUGGUGCCAGUUGUUUUAGCAAUUUACAUGUUAAUAUUAGAAU